UGUACGGACUCGUACUAUGUAGUUAGUGUACGGACUCGUACUAUGUAGUUAGUGUACGGACUCGUACAUCCCUGAUUGCGACUAUUAAUUCAAUCAUAUGAAAAUACUCCAAUGGGAACAUAUUCUUUUAUAUAGGUUGGAAUACAGGUAUCUAUUUUAUUUUACAUCAUUUUAUUUAUUCUGUGUGUCUGUCACCAUCCUCCUCUCUGAUGACUGCUGGUGAAAAUUAAGUUGGGUGGGCAUACUGUCUAUAUACAGGCAUACAGUGGUACAAGAUAACUUUCCCAAUGGCUGCAGUGCAACAUGCAGACAGCAGGUGACAUGCAGAGGGUUUUCACGGCGCAGCUUAAAAUGCGAAACACAGGAUGGUGCAAAAUGGGGGCUUGACACAAGGGUUUAAAUACAUACAUAAGGGUUGAUAAACAUAAUACAAGGUUAUACUGAUGCUAAUUUCUUCCCAUGUGUGAAAAUGUAUGUUUUCCAGGGUGAAGGUUGAUUCCGUUAUGACAAGCUGCUGUGAAAAACAUGUCCACACUGUCUGCGACUACUAUCCCUGAUGGCCAUGGUGAAAUUAAAUUGUUUGGGGUGGUGCCAGAGCUGGACUCGAGUUUGGAAGUGCCCCCCAGUGCAAUGUUGACUCAGAGCAGCCAUGAUGGGACUCUGCAACCCCUCCUCCUUGGUGGCCUGCAGGGGGAGCCCAUGGGACCAGGGCUGCACUGCUCCAUGUCCUUGGACUCCAUUGACCUCAAAACAGACUUUACAGAGAAUCAGCCGGUGAAGAGGAAGAAGGGUCCGGCCCCCAAGAUGCUGGGUAAUGAGGUGUGCAGCGUGUGUGGGGACAAGGCCUCCGGCUUUCACUACAACGUGCUGAGCUGCGAGGGCUGCAAGGGCUUCUUCCGCCGCAGCGUCAUCAAGGGCGCCCAGUACUCCUGCAAGAACAGCGGCAAAUGCGAGAUGGACAUGUACAUGCGGCGCAAGUGCCAGCAGUGCCGGCUGCGCAAGUGCCGGGAGGCGGGCAUGCUGGAGCAGUGUGUCCUCUCAGAGGAGCAGAUACGGCUGAAGAAAAUGAAGAAGCAGCACGAGGAAGAGUCAGCCCGUAGCUCUGUCGUUCUGGCCACCCCCACACCGGGGGCCGAAUCAGCCCAGCUACCGCCGCAGCAGCAGGAGAUGAUUGAGAAGCUUGUGACCAUGCAGAAACAGUGCAACAAGAGGUCCUUCAUAGACCAGCCCAAAGUCACCCCUUGGCCCCAGAGCCAGGACCCCCUGAACCGGGAGGUGCGGCAGCAGCGAUUCGCCCACUUCACCGAGCUGGCCAUCAUGUCCGUGCAGGAGAUCGUGGACUUCGCCAAGCAACUGCCGGGAUUCCUGGAGCUGACGCGAGAGGACCAGAUCGCCUUGCUCAAGACGUCCACCAUCGAGAUCAUGCUGUUGGAAACCUCACGAAGGUACAAUCCUGAUAUUGAAAGCAUCACAUUUCUGAAGGAUUUCAGUUACAAUAAGGAGGAUUUUGCAAAAGCAGGGCUUCAGUUGGAGUUCAUCAACCCCAUCUUUGAGUUUUCCAAGGGAAUGAAUGACCUGCAUCUGGACGAGGCCGAAUACGCCUUGCUCAUCGCCAUCAACAUCUUCUCAGCAGACCGUCCUAACGUGCAUGACCAUGAUUUAGUGGAAAGACUCCAGCAGCCGUAUGUGGAUGCUCUUCACUCUUACAUCAGGUUAAAGAGACCUACAGACCACCUGAUGUUCCCACGCAUGCUGAUGAAGCUAGUGAGCCUGCGGACCCUCAGCAGCGUCCAUUCAGAGCAGGUCUUUGCCCUGCGUCUCCAGGACAAGAAGCUUCCACCCCUCCUGUCAGAGAUCUGGGAUGUCCACGAGUGAUGGAGUGUCACCAUCGCAUUCUUGGCUUGCCUUGCCUAGGCCUCCUUCAGUCCUGCCAAAAUCCUGUCAGGAUUGAAGAGUUUGGUUGGAGCGUAUACCUCUGUAGGUUUGGAUCCCUCCCAGAGACGGAUGUGACGUUUCCUUUACUCUGGGCAUUCCUCUGUAACGUUCAGCUCUCUGCAUCACAACUCCUGGCCAUGUAACUCGUCUUCACAGAGCAAAAAAUCUGAAGGGACAAAGCCAAAGUCGCUAAUAUAAAUUUUAUUCCACUUAAUGCAGGUUUUAAGAAAUACUCUUCUUACAGAUACUGCCUCAGGAAAUUGUAGGCUUGUGUUUCUGGCUAUAUAUAUAUAUAUAAAAGUGAGAGAGAGAGAGUGUCCAUCCUGGAAGAGUUAUGGGGAAUUCAGAUCAGGGCAUGAAAUAAAACAUUUGGGCUUAUGUCAUUAAGGAAUUCUCUGUUAACUCUGUAUAACCUGGCAGCUCUGUACUUACAAUAUAUGUCAGACUUGACAGCCAGUGUUAAUGCGACAAUGAAUUACAUUCAGAAAAUGCAUCUUUCACUUUACUAAACUAGGGAGCUUUAGCGGGUGUGGCAUGCUUAAUCAUAGAAUGCAUAUUAUAUCUCGUACUGACAGAAUGUUUAUGUGGGUAAAAUGUUUAAUAUUGCCCUGCAGGUUAGAGGCAAAGCGUAAAACAUUAAAGAAUAAUGUUGCAUAAAAACACACGUAUACCUAGACCCAGACAAACAUGAUAUAGUUUGUCUGAAUCUACUGUAUUACACUCACAACUUUGUCUUCCUCAUGGUGAGUCUGCAACUUGUCCUCUGCCCCCCCCCCAUGUCAUUUAGAGAAGUAAAGAAUGUAUGGAUGCUACAGGGACACCUUUGUAUACUUUCAAUGUGGAAGAGCUGCAGUAAAUUCUACCGCUGCUAUACCCGAGGCAAGUUGCAGUUUACAAAAUAAAACAGAGCAUUUAUUUCACAUGACCACCUCUUUCUCUGAGCUUUAGCACUUUAACCUUGGGUCUCAUCUGUGAUAUUUUUGGGUGGGGGGGGCAGGAAAAAUAGUAACCUAAGUGGGCCACUUUGAACAAGUAGCACACAAACAUCACAAGUAGCUCUUCGAAUAGAGCACUGUUUCUUGCAGUUUUAUAAACUUUCCAUUUAGGUGCUGCUGUGUCAGACCCAGGGGGAAAAUUUAUUAAGUUUUUGUGCAACAUUUGCUUUGAGUAAUAAGAUUCUGAUUGUGCAUUUGAAAUGAAAUAGAUACAUUCAGAGCAUCAGGGAAAGGAUAAAGGUGCUUGUUUAUCAGUCUUUGCUCUUUUGGAAAACUGAUUCAGAAGUAGAUGGAAAUAAACCAAGUGCAGGUAUACUGUAAGGUACAUUUCCUACUACAACCUUGGCAAAUACUGAUGCUGUCCCUGGAGUUAUCCUGUAACAUCAAAAUUAAAGUAUCUUUCUCUGUUUUCAUUCCACUUAUUUUGUCAAUAGGUCUAAUUCACUGACUGGAUUUAUAACACCACACUUGAAUUGAACAUCUGCUGGUUUAUAUGGGGUUUCUAAUGCACCCAUAAAUCUUUGUGGUACAGUUUUAUUGUUCCAUGAACAACUGCUUAUUUCGCUUGUUUUAAAAUGUUUAGCAAAACUUACUUAUCAGGCUUCGUCAUCCCCGGAUUGUUAUACCAAAACGUUUAAAAGUAUAUUUCAGAACUGAAACAAUGGUUUCCCUUGUACUUUAUGCUAUCUGUGUUUAGACUUGUUUUCUAAAACUGUUGCCUUAAUUCCUUUUGUCCUGCUUUUAUGUGUGAAAUGCUGACAAAAAAUAUGCACAGAUGUUUUUUUAAUUAUGAAAGACUAUUUUUGCAGUACCUUGUUGAACCGAAUGUGUAUUAAAAUUUGUGUAUAUGUUUGUUUCUAAUUUCAAAGUGAUUGAGGAAGUAUACAGUUGCCUAGCACGCUAAAAAAUAAAACAAAUAAUUUCUUGAAUGAGA